UGAUGAGAAGGCACAGCUAUGUGACAUAGGCCUGUGCCCUACUCCCAUUUGCUGAAGAGAACUUUCAGGACUCAUUUGUCCAAGUGACACAGUGCUAUUUAGAUGAUGGAGAAUCUUCUCUUUCCUCUAUAUAGUGUUAAUGCCGCAUGGCUGAACCCCAGCUUCACCAGCUGGGCAAUAGAUAUGAUUCUUGCCUUUGCCUGUGGACUGGAGAUCUUUAUUCUUUUACUGCCCUGCCUCCAGGGUAAUCCAUCCUUCCCACCACCAGGCAAAAAAGAAAAACUCAGGAAGCAUGUGAAGGUGAAGAAGGUGCUGUACAAAAGCAGGAAGAAGAGGGGAACUCCUAAAGCUUUGGGCAAUCACCUGAAGAAUCUGAAGGAGAUGCAGAAUCUGAUUUUACUUCUGCAAAGUCUCUUAGGGAAGCUCUGGAACAAGGACAGUUCACCUCAACUGCUACGUGAACAAGCUGAAGGUGAGGUGUUCAUGCAAGAGCUUGCUGGUGUUCAAGGGCUAGCUUGUCAACAUUUGAAAAGUCCUUCUACCAUCAUACCCCCGUCAGCUUCUCUAGCUCCUCUGACCAAACACACUCUGCCUCUGGCCUCAUCCUUAUCAGAAGAACAUGAAGACUAUUCUGCCUUGAAGAGAAUCUCACUGGACAUUGUUCCACAGAGCUCCCUUUUAGGUCACUCAUACUGGGCAUCUCUGAUCACAGCCAUCUCAGGCCUAGACUGCGUAAGCUAUUCAAUUUUGUACCUCUCCUGGUGGUGGGUAACUGCCAAGAUCUUAUUUUUCACUACCUGGGUACAUGGCAAAUCCAAGCAAGAACAUUUUUUCCACCAUCCAUCAGACCUCACACUCUGGGUAGUCCCCACACAUUGGCAGGUAGAGUCUGGAGGCCUCUCUAACAUCAAAUCUGAUGUACAGAUGCUGCUGGAAACGUUAAUCACCAAAAGAGUAGAACUAAAAGUGUGGAAGGAAAAUUCUAAAAAUGGGUCCUCUUUCAAACAAAUGAGUCCAGAUUACACCGUGUAUUCUCUGAGAAACAUGUUGGAGUCACUGGGUAGCAAGAGAGACACCAUUGCACAAACCUUCUGGAACACAAAAGAAAAACCAGAGAAGCUUCAUGAUUCUCUGAAUUUUUUUUUAUAACAAGGUCUUGUGGGGGACAUUACACAAAAAAUACAGAGAACUAUUCUAGGGCCUGCUGCCUCUGCAUAGUAAGUCCCUGAAUCCCAUUCUUGCACCCUCACCUUCAGAGGUACAGAGAACCUGGCAAGGACCCCUACUUGAUGGCAGUCAUAUGACCUCAGAGGCCUACAUGCCUUCUCAUACCUAUAGCCAUCUGGACAUGAACCAACAGAAUAGAGUUAUUAGGAGUAUUGAAACCGCUUGCCUUGAGCCCAGUCCAAGCCUGGAUAUGGCCAGGAUUGAGACACAGAAAGAGAGAAAGGAUAUGGCCUCAGGAGACCCAUGUCAUUUUGUGACAAUACCGGAAAUUAAAUUAGGGACCCAAUCAUCAAAAGCUGUAAAGACAAAGGAGACAGAGAUGGAGAAGAAGAAUUACACUUUGAAGAAAUAAAA